CAAGGUAAGUAAAAAUGCAAAAAUGCUCUAUUUCUCGCAAACUAGACUAGUCUAACUCCCCCUUCUCUUGUUUCCAACACCAAGACGACCAAGACCAGCAAACUUCAGUAUACCCAACCCCCUUCUUCGGCGUUGGAGAGUGGAUCUGGUCGAGUCCAGAACCAAUGCAACGACCGAGAUCUACCUGGUAGUACUCCCAAAGAAACACAACCCAGCUCAUCUAUUGUUCUUGUAGCUUCAGAUUCCACCCAUACUCCUUGAACAGAAGCAGUAGAACAAGCAUUUGAGAUCAGCUCUGACCAUGGAGCCUUUCCGACCAGUUGCUGACAGCGACAGCAGUGUUCCUGAUACUGCUACCGCCUUUUCAGAUAUGAACACAGCAGACAAUCAGGAAGGGUGCAGUCUGGUGGCUUCCGAGACCCCAUCUUCAUCAGAAGUAGACCUUGUGACUAGAGAAUCUGGUGUUCAAAGAGACAAGACCUUUCAGGAAGCAGGUCUUUCCUUGGAUCGUUUCCCUCAGUCUCCUGAUGAGGCAGAUUUGGUUGAUAAGCUAUUGGCCGAUGAAAUUGAGAAGCUGUCCUUAGAAGAGCAGGAACAAAACACUUUUGAAUUGUUCGGAAUGGCCCAAGAAAACAAGGACCCUGAGAACAUUGACGAGCUGCUAGAGCGAAUGGAGCUGGAAAUUCGAAAGAUACCAGACCGAAAAGCCUAUGAAAAAGCCAAGUAUUUGAAUGAAGAGUACGUGAUGGACAAGGAUUUCCGGGUUAUAUUUCUUCGCAGCGAUGAGUUUGAUGCCAAGUCUGCGGCACAGCGAUUUGUGCAGCAUUUUGAGGUCAAACGUGAGCUGUUUGGUGAUGGACCUCCCCUGGCCAGAAACCUACUAAUGUCUGAUCUUAGUGAAGAUGACAUGAAGGUUCUCAAAUCAGGAGCCUGGCAGCUGUUGCCUGAACGUGACGCUGCUGGCCGUCUAGUCUUGGUGCAAUGCCCUGGCUACAGGGACAACUCCAUAGCAAUGCAUUCUCAUCUACGCAGCCAAGCCUAUUUUGUGUUGAGCUUUCUCCUAACUGAGGAUGUACAACGGAAGGGCAGAGUUCUGGUAGUCUGCCUUUUUGGAGAAUCCCUGCUCAAUCUACAACAACACACACUUUUCUUCCAACUUCUUGGACUGAAAAGAAUCAGGUCAGGGGGGCCACGCAAGGUGGCUGGUGUCCAUUUCCUGUUCAGCCAAGAAUAUCUUCGUCCUUUGGUUUUUGGCAUGCAAUGGUUAGUCCAGGAGCACUUGAGAGCCAAAAUGCGUGUCCAUUUUGGGGACUUUGAACAGCUCAAAUUCAAAUUGCAGACCUUUGGAAUCCCAAUGGAUUGCUUCCCAUGCCAUCCCAACAAACCCAUUAAUCUUGAGAGUCAUCUUCAAUGGAUUCAAAGCCAACGAAAGCAGGAAGAAAAGGGCAACAAAAGUGCCGUUGAUAACAUCGUCCCCCGUCGAUUUGAUGUCCUCUUUGGGCGAGGAAAUACAAAAAAUCACACGGGCAAUGUGAGAGCUGGACACAUUUCUGACAUGUUUCGAGAGAAAUAUGAGUCGGCUGGGAAGUAUGAAAAGACAGCAAUUGCUGAACGCAUUGUCACAAUUAUACAAGAAUCUCAUGGUCGGUUUUUGAAAUGGGAAGAUGAUGUAUGGGUAGAAGUGGACCAACAAGCUGCAAGGAACAAGAUCUCCCACUUCUAUAGAAACACACACAAAAAAGGUUGCCCCAGCAAAAGCAAGGCAUCCUCCUCCUCCGAUGGCUCAGUCUCCGGUGGUUCAAAAGGGUCGGAUGGGGAGUCCCUGGCAUCAGCUUCCACCAAGAGAAUGUCAGCAAAUGCAGUCCAACAAUCAUUGCAACGAGUUCCGAAGAGGUGUGAAAGGCUUACCGGUACCUAA